ACACUGUACAGAGAAGGAUAGCACGAGGGAGGCGGAGUCGUCUUUGAUGGCUGUUUGAUCUCGCACAGUAACUUCAGCCACGACAGGAGUCGAGACGACAACGGCAAUAACCUGAGCCAGAUUGGACCAUGUUCAUUCAGUAAUUACAGUUAAUUCACACAUAAUCUCAAAGCACUACAGUGCUUCCAAAUACAGCUCCUCAAUGAUGAGUGGAAGAUAUCUGCAUACAUUUGUCUCAAACUACAGAGCAGGAGAUGUGGAAAAACUGACACUGCGGAUGGAAAAUGGCUUUGGCUGCUCAAAGUACAAACCAGCUGACUACGGACGACUAGAAGCUAUUGUUGAUGCCAAGCGCCAGAAGUCUGAACUAAUUGGACAAAAGGCUCAGAGAUUUCGCUGUGCAGCCAAGGCAACCAAGGAGAGUUCAAUUUUACGGCUGCACAGACAGGUGUGGAGCGGAGAGUGCCCCGGGCUGCAAAAGGCUGAGGAGAAGGCCGAAAAUGACAUCCAUGAUUUUCUAGAGCAGAUCAGGCCCACUAGUAAAUCAGACACUGCCAUCUUCACACUUCAGGAUUAUGAGGUUUUCCUGGUGAGGGAGCGGGAGGUAUUCAGGAUAGCCACUGUGGAGCCUGUUCAUCAACUCCGGGACGACCUGUGCUUCAGACUGGGUGAAGUACAACAUCAGCAGCCCACUGUCCAUCCAUCAAACUGGGAACAAGUAAUACAACAGAUACAAUUUGUGAAAGGCCAGCAAGAUGACAUUACUGCAAAACUUCAUGCAGAGUAUUUAGCCUUGGAAGAGGAAAUGAUGGGUCUUGGUUUAGAGAAAUAUCUUACAAGUGCUUCAGAUAAUCUGGUGAACAUGGAGAGUAUUCCAGAGGAAGUGUUGGAUUCAGACUGUCCUUACCCAGAGCUGAAGGACUCCCUGAUCCAGGCCUUCCACUCCCUGUCAGAAAGAUAUCAGAGCAGGCUGCACAGUCUUCAAGAGCAGCUGCAAAGAACUGACAGGUUCUGUGGCUGGAAUCCAGAUGACCACCUACAUUACCAGUUCACAAUGUCUCAGUACACUCAUGACGUACCCAAACACAGAGUACUCGUCAUGGACAUGCUGCAAAGACUCUUUCCUGAGAAAGGUCGACAAGAGCUGAUGGAGCAUGAACGUGUGUGGGACUGGCAGCGCUUCACCCAAGUGCAGCUGAGCACAGUGACCCAGCAAUGGCAACGGGACCAGGAAGAGCUGCUGGCCAGAGCCCUGGCCAUGUUGCAGGAGGCAAGACAUGUCCACCAGGAGGAGCUGGAGCACCACAGAGACCGGCAGAACCAGCAGGAGAUCUGCUCGCAUCUCAAAGAGAAGCUGCAGCAGUGGCGGGCCCAGCAGGAGGAGGUGGCGAAACUGGAGGCAGCGAUAGCUGCCAGACAACAAACGGAGGAGGAGUCCAGGUUAAAGAGGGAGCAGGAGAAGGAGGCCACCAUCAGGUCGCAGCAGAAAGAGAAACUCAGGCAGUUUCAUUUGAAGCAGCAGAGGAGGAGGGAAAUGCUGGAGCAAAAGGAUCAAGAGAGACUCGCUAAUCUGAGGAGAGUCAUGGAAGAGCAGGCGAGGAGAGAUAAAGAGAGGGUGCAGUUCAGGGCCGACGCUUUGCAGUGCCGAAGGGAGGGGAGAGAGGCGCGGGAGCUCGAGCGCCAGAGAGAAGAAGAAGAGAAGGAGAGUCGUCUGGAAGCUCUCAGAAACCAGGUUGUGGUGGUGGCGGAGGCAGACCCAGAGAGGAUGAUGGCAGAGACGGAGGCUUGGAAGAGUCGACAGUUGAAUGAGGAGGAGUUUGAGCUCCAGAAGCCUCUCUUCAGGAUAAACACAUACACCGACAAACAGAUUGUGUCUGAUCCGAGAGUACGGGUGGAGCAGGCGCUGCGGGCGGCAGGUCUGCACCACAGCCAGUAUGCCCAAGAGGUCCUGUCUGCGAUAAAGCCCCCCAAACCACCUCGACCAGACACUAAAUCCGCACUCGAAUUCUGAACGUGGCCUUUUUUGGGGUCAUGUUACAUAACAGUUAUCAAUAAAGUUGAAGCAAACCUUUA